UCUGAGUCUCUGUUAAACCCCGAACUCGAACAUCGGAGAAACAAAUACAAAGUUUUUAUUUUUCUGCUAUAUCUUUCCCAGUUAGAUACCAGAAAAUUAGAGAAGGAAAAUGUCAUCUUUCAUGUUCAAAAAGAGAGCAAGCAGUGGAUCCUGGGUGGUUCUCUGUCAAAACCCUGAAGCCAAAACCCAGUCUGUUCCCUAUUUACUAUUCUCCACUCUAUCUGAACCCCAACCCACUACACUGAAUAAACCCUCAAAGCCUCAAAAUUUAUCAAAUUCAAUCUCAAAAACCUCAAAAACCCUACUCGGGUCUGUCCACAAUCACACCUUUUCAAGUAAUAUAUUCUUUUCUGGCUCCAAGCCUCUGGCUUUAAGCUCUGCGUCCGGGAAAAACAUCACUGGGUCUCAUUGUAGUCUCCUGUCUUCAAUCUCGUUUGGUUCACAAAGGCGAGGUCUUUGGCAUUUGAGCACAGAAAACAAGGUUUUGGCUUCUGGGUGUGGUGUUUUGGGGCUUCCAAUGGUGAAAAGUUUAUAUUCGUCUCGUGGUGGUCUCGCGCCUUGCAGCUUGGUUUGCUUGUUUGGUACUCAGGCUGCUAUGGAGCCGUCGACCUGUGAUGGGCUUACAGUUGAUCGAAUCAUUGCUAGUGAUUGGCCAAUUCUGGAUGAGGAUGAGAGUGAUUGGAAGAGUCACGCUGCCGCAAUUGCCCAAUCCAUUCAUCUAAUUAAGAAACGUUUGCAGUGGAAGAAGUUGAUGGUUAGGUUGGAUCUGUUAUCAGUGGAGGUGAAUAAACCAGACCUUUGGAAUGAUCCUGUACAUGCAGGGAAGAUAAGCCGUGAGCAUGGUUCACUUAUGGGUAAAAUGAAAGAAGUGAAGGCAUUUGAGCGGGAAUUGCUUGAGCAUAUAGACAUGGUAAAGCUUGCCCGUGAAGAGAAUGAUGCAGAGCUGGAAUCGGAAUCCAUGAACGCUUUGCUUAAAAUGAGAAGAGCUUCAAAGGAGAAGGAGACUGAAGCUUUGUUAGCUGGGGAGCAGGAUCCUUGCUCAUGUUACAUAGAGGUUCAAGCAGGAGCUGGGGGUACAGAGAGCAAUGACUGGGCAGCAAUGGUCAUGCAGAUGUAUAAAAUGUGGGCUCAACAACGUGGAUAUAAAAUAUCUGUGGUGGAUGAAAUGCCUGGUGAGAUUGCGGGAAUCAAGCGGGCAACAAUUAAAGUUGAUGGUGAGUAUGCUUUUGGAUAUGCCAAAGCAGAAGUAGGAGUGCACAGGUUGGUACGGAUCUCACCUUUUGACAGUAGUAAGCGCAGGCAUACCUCAUUUGCUGCUGUUGCUGUGACUCCAAUCAACGAAGACGCGUCUGCUCAUGUACAAAUUAAUGAUUCUGAUCUGCGCAUUGAGCGAUUUCGUUCUGGGGGACCUGGAGGCCAGCACGCUAAUACAACUGAUAGUGCUGUGAGGAUUGUUCACGUUCCUACAGGAAUUACUGCUACUAGUCAAAAUGAGAGAUCACAACAUAUGAAUAAAGCUUCAGCAAUGGCUGUUCUUCAGUCGCGACUAGACCAGCUUGAGAUGGCACGCCAGACUCAGAUGAAUGCACAGUAUUCACAAUCUCUUACUGACAUAACCUGGGGCAGCCAGAUACGUAGCUACGUGCUCCAUCCAUACCGGAUGGUGAAAGAUCUUCGAACAAACUACGAAGUCUCGGAUCCUGAUUCUGUCCUUGAGGGAGAUCUAGAUGGCUUCAUCAUGAGUUAUUUAUCAGCAUCCUUGGAUAAAGAUGAAGAUGACCGCUAAAACGAGUUUCAUCUUGACUACCCUGCAUAUCUUCAGCAAGGCUGAAUCUGUGCUGCGUGUCCAGACAUAGAACUUGUGAUAUAAUUGAGUCAUUCGCCGACGAUCCAUGCAAGGCAGCCAGAAUUUAGGAUGACAUUCGUAUAUCCGGUGAAAGGAUAGGAUGGAAAUUACUUCUUUGAUACCAAAAGUUUUGGUAAUAAUCUGAUUUUGUAAUGAAAUAAUAGGUUGAUAAUAUGAGCUGAUUUUAGUAGUAAAUUUAAUAUAUUAUCCACAUUUUUUCUUCUUUAUCAACGGCUGAAACAUGUUACUGAGAA